AUGGCCCCUCAAGUUUGGUUAAUCACUGGAGCAUCCUCCGGCUUUGGGGCCCUCCUCGCUGAAGCGGCGCUGAAGGCCGGUCAUCAAGUUAUCGCCACGGCUCGCAAUCCGACCAAAGCAGCUAAGGACUACCCCCAGAUCACAGCUUUGGGUGGAACAUGGCUUCCCCUGGACGUGACUAGCAAGCAGACGACUUUGCAAGUGGCACAAGCGAUCCAAGACCAUGGCGGUAGAAUCGAUGUUGUGAUCAAUAAUGCUGGGUACGGUCUCGUGGGUAGCAUUGAGGAUAUUAGCGAAGAUGAGCUCGACGUUCAAUUCCAGACGAAUGUCUAUGGUGUGGUCAGGGUCACCAAAGCCGUGCUUCCCUUCAUGAGGGCGCAACGCCAGGGCACCAUCGUCAACAUUAGUAGCAUUGCGGGUUUUGCCGCCGGGCCAUCCUCUGCGGCAUAUGCCAUGACCAAGUUCGCUGUCGAAGCCCUGUCUGAAGCCCUGUCUACCGAGCUCGACCCAUUCAAUAUCCGUCUCCUACUAGUGGAGCCGGGCGCUUUCCGGACCAACUUCAUCGGAUCACACAGGACCCCCGCUGUUGGGCUAAAUGAGGGCUACAAGGACACACCCCUGGCAGCUGCAAUGGGUAAAUGGGAGACUUUUGCGGGAAAGCAGAGCGGAGAUCCAUCAAAGGCGGUCCAGCGGAUCCUUGACGUGAUUCAACUACAGGGCCAGGGGCAGGGUAAGGAGCAUCUCCUUCGCCUCCCGCUGGGGACUGAUUGCUUCCCGCGCAUGGUGGAGAAGUUGGAGAGUGUGAAGCAAAACCUGGAGGAGAUGAAGGAAAUCGCUUUGAGUACUGAUGUCGAUGAUGAAUGA